CUAAUAGCUAACUGCAAUUGCUUUAGAUCUAGAAAAACGUUAACGCUAAGUCCCUACAUAUACGCCGUGGGCGCUCGCAGUAUGCCGUGGGCGCUCAUCGUCUUGUCUCACGAUGAUGGCGCACACGACAGACUGUCUGCGAUCACACAGCGACGUUGCCUCACACAACGACGUUACCUCUGGCCAAUCUCCAGAGUACUCCUUCCUUCGCAGCCAUCGCCUCAUCCCUUUCUAGCUGGAACAACGAGCCUUGUGGCGUGGACGAAGGCUCUGAGCCCAUCGUUGCGAGCUAGCAAGAUGUCGAAAGAUCAUAUGUGGUGCGAAUGCAGCCGUUGCUCCCUUGCUAACGGUGGUCGACUUUUGCAGGCCAAACGAACUCGGCAGAGGCACAUUGAGGCUGAUCGGCGCGAUGGCAAACAUGUUGCAGUAGAGGAGCGGGAAAAUCCACGACACGUACCUGCCGUUGGCUCGCCGCAAUCUCACUCGAGCGAUUCUGAACCAGGCCCACCAGAACCUUGGUUCGACAAUGAACCUCACCUAGACUUAUACAAUGACGAUCCAAUGGAGGGAGCUGAUGAUUUCGAGUCUGACGGCGGUGCCGGCAGGCUUUUUAGCUCAGAUGACGAAGAUGAUGCCUACAGGUUGCUGUUGCCAUAUGGCCAAGCCGAAGAGCUAGUAGAGGAAGAUCGUGAUGACGAGCGCUCCGACGAUGAUGAUUUUGAUCUUGUAGAUGAUCCAGCUUUUGAUGUCGUCAAUGUGUUCGGUGUUGGUGGGGAUGACGACGAUUCACAGCCUGCCGACGACGACACAGAUUUAUUUGACGAGCCCCCUGCCUUCGAAGAACAUUCUGCAAUUAGGAAUGCCUACGUGCGGGCCUAUAUCGCCACUGCAUUCAAGGGGGCGACACAUGAUGUUGCUCGCCUCAUUGUAGAUGGUGUCGCUCGUGCACUGUCAUCCGCUCGCAAUCAAGCUCCGGAGGUUGAAUUUGACGGACUCGACGACAUGGCUAGAACACUGCCCACUAUCGAACAUCGUCUUGGCGUCAAUCUCAAUUCCAUCAUAACAUACCUUUUCCUAUGUCCAACCUGCUGGCGAGUUCAUGAUUCAUCAAGCCUUUACAACGAAGAUCUCAACGAGCGAUGUGACGAAGAAGAAUGCGACGGAAUACUCUACACUACGAAACGUCUUGCCAGCGGCAAGCACAAACGCAAACCAACCAAAGUUCUUCCUUACGUCUCGCCACAACGGGCUAUCCAACACUGGCUCCUUCGACCCGGGAAAUAUGAGCAGCUGCAGGAGUGGAGAAAGGAGGGAGAUGAACCAGCGCGGGUGCCACCAAUAUUCGAGGAGGGUAUGAAUGCCUUCCCGGACGUGUGGCACCCAAUUCACGACAUCCACGAUGCAUGGGGUUGGCGCGCGAUCCAAGCCGGCCUGCAGCGUGUAUGUCAUGACGAAGCCAUUUCCCGAGUGUAUGAUGAAGAUGUCAAUCAUAUACAGCAACGCUUCGUGUCUUUGCCAUGCGGACUCGUGUGGCAGAUCAACUUAGACUG